AGUUAAAACACCCACUUCACCAGUCGGAACUUCGAGCUGGAGCAGGACGUCAGCUGAUGACCUAUUUGAUUUUGAGUAUCUAACAUCUAGCUAGUGUGCAAGAACAGACUUACUCUGCAGUGUUUAUUGCAUAUCUACAAUGUCUAGUGUACGAUCAAAAAUAUCUAGGCUUGCAAAGGAACAGAAAAACACCUGCAUUGAAAGAAAGCAGCUGAUAGACACUGAGCUGGCCCCAAUGAUGGGUUUAAGACCCAGUGAUGUCCCAGCAGUUCUUAGGAAGAAGUUUGGUGUCUUAAUGGACAUGCAAGACCUGAUGUUUGAAGAGAUGAAGGAAGCCAUUAGAAAUGAUCUGAAGGAAAUGCUAGAAAAAAGUACAAUGCCUGCCAUGAAGAAUUCAAAGAACAGGAAAAAGUGGCAAGAAGUAAAAGAUUUAACUUCACAAAAGCCAGAGUUGGUAGAGAAAGUAGAGAUUCCUAAAGUAGAUGAGGACAUGGAGAAUAUGUCCUUGAAAAGAAAAGAGAGAAUGAAACCAAGUAGGAAAUUAAACAAAGCUAAAGAUUAUGAUGGUGAUCAGGGUGAGAAAUUGUUACUGAGUGGCUCACAAAAUCACACAGUCUUAGAAAGUAUGGGAGAAGCUUUAUGCAACGUAGAUGCUAGGUGCAGAAAUUCCAACAGCUGCUUAGAAGUUCUACAAGGAGAGAUCAAAAAGAAUGGGGAGGAUAAACUAGCCAGGAAAAUCAUAGAGGCAAAAAAGCAUCAGAAGUCAAAGUAUAAGGAGAAUUUUCAAAGCACAUCUAGAGAAGAAAACGUGUUGCAUGAAGGUGCAGUACUACGGUUGGCAGCCGACUUUUCAUUAGCAACACUGGAUAUCAAUAAGCGAUGGAGUGACAUCUUCAACAUUCUGAGAGAAAAUGAUCUAGAACCUGAACUUCUGUGUAAGGUCAAGUUAUCAUUUAAAUGUGAUGGUAAAGUACAAACAUUUUCAGACCUUCAAAGCCUCAGAAAAUUUACCAGCCAAAAACCUCUUCUGAAAGAGUUACUGAAAGAUGUAUUGCUACAGCAUGAAGUGAAUCAUGGAGGAAGAAGAAAUAGACUUCAAGAAAAAGUGGGUAUGGACUCAGAGUGUGCAGAUGGUGGGACAAGUGAUCACCUGAGCUUCUUGUUCAUCAACGAGGUAAAUAUUGCUAAGUCCGAAGUGAAGAGCUUGGGAAAUCAAGAUGAAGAAUCCUCACCAUGCACAGAAAAAGAAAGGCCCAAGUUUGUGGAGAGAGAGGUCUCAGAACCAAACGAGGAGGAAGAAGAAAUGGAGUCUGAGUCCCAGGAGGAAGGAGGUGGAAAGGUGAAGACUAUCACCCAGACUGAGCAAAAAGAGACUUUAUAUGACUUAAAAGAUAUUGCCCUCAGUUAUUUGGUUUGGGACUCUGAGAAGAAAAGGAACACUGAGAAAGAGAGAGACAAGCCUCUGGGAACAGAAGAGCUAACCGACAAAGAAACAGAACUAGUCCAGGAGACAGAAGAAAAUUUUAGAAGAGGUGUCAUCAGGAUUUUCAGAGAGAUGCAAGAAGAAAUUACAAAUUUACAACAUUACCAUAGGGAUGUCAUAGGAAUGAGAGAUUCAGUCGAUGAUAUGAGUAGCUUAACAUGCAUACUGGAAGAAAGAGUAAACAACUUAGAGGAUCUGAUGGAAGAACUCACUAAGGAUACAAUGCAACUGACCAAACAGAUAAUUGAUAAAGAAAGAAUCAGAGAGAGAGAGGAUAUAUUAAGAUGCUCCAAUAUCCGUUUGAUAGGAAUUCCAGAAAAAGAUGACAAAGAGAAUGGAGCAGAAGAUAUAAUUAAGGAAGUAAUUGAAGAAAAUUUCCCAGAACUAAAGUAUUCAAAUUUUGAGAUUAUCAGUGCUCACAGAAUACCCAGUUCAGUUGAUGAAAGGAGACUGACUCCUAGACACAUCUUGGUGAAGUUUUUGAAUUCUAGUGAUAAACAGAAAGUCUUAAGGGCUUCCAGAAAGAGGAAAGAAAUAACCUACAGAGGAAUGAGAAUUAGAAUGACAGCUGAUUUAUCACCAGGCACCUUAGAUGCCAGAAGUCAGUGGUCUAGUAUCAUAAAAGUCUUGGAAGAAGAUGGCUAUGAGCCUAGAAUUCUAUAUCCAGCUAAGUUGGGAUUUAGUUUUGAGGGUAAAACCAAGGUAUUUUUUGAUAUUGAAGAAUUUAAGAAAUUUAUUUCUUCUGAACCAUAUUUGGAAAAAUUGCUGAGCAAUCGUCUGGACUCAAGUCCUGGAUUCAUCAUCAAGCUGACGCUAUGGACACCAGAGGGAGCCAAAGGGUCAACUGAGAAAGGGGGAAAGUCAGAAAGGAAAACUAUUCCUCUGAAACCAGAGGGACUCAAAUAUUCCAAAGAGUUGAAUCUGGAGAACCUUUCUUGUUCUCCAGUCUACCUGGAAGGGUACAGCGACAGCCUUCCAAUCUCCACAACAAGGUCUCCAUUCCCUAAGGGGGUAGUUCUCCAAACCCGCAGCGCUUGCAACGUCCAUGCGGAACCAAGACUAGAUGAAGUGCUUGAGCCAUUUUCAAAAUGAUAAACGGAGAAGCUAAUAUAACAGAAGCAGCGAGAGCUCCGUAACCAGCGAAAAGAAAAACGCAAGAGAAAGACUUUAGAGCGGCAGUGUCAACCGGAAUCCAGCUCAGAUGGAAAUGACAGAACAUAUGGUGUUCAUAGCACACCCCGCCUUGUAAGUUGGAUGUAGCUUUGAUGAAUUGAUGUAUUAAAGGACAUUAAGAAACUUCAUAAGCAUAUUCAAAGCUGUUAUGCAGAAAAUCGAUGAACACUGCGUCCUGUGCAGUUUUACUUAAGCCAUGGAGGCCAAUUGAAAAAGAAUAUGGAUGAAAAUGAUGCUGGGCACAAGGGAUGGGUCACCUGGAAGGCUAUCAACAUUGAAGCAGAGCACUAUAGUGAACUCAUAAAGAAAGAAGACCUGGUUUAUGUUAUCUCAGAUUCACCGAAUAUACAGAAGGAAUCAGUUGAAUCAAAGGCCUAUGUGAUUGGAGGGUUCAUGUAUAAAACAAGCAUCAGACUGGAAUCGAGUCGCACAGCUCCCCCUUGGAAAUUUGUGAAGAUGAACAGUCGAAAAGUUUUAGCAGUUAAUUAUGCAUUUGAAAUUAUUCUGGAGUACUUGGAGACACACUGGCAAGAGGCAUUUGUCACCAUCUUACCCCGGAGGAAAGGAGCUGCUGCAGACAGUGCCUGUGACAGUGACAGCUCUUCCCAGGAGUUUCCAGCCCAAGGUGGAGUGGACAGUGACUCCAGUGAGAGAGAGCACAGCAGAAAUGAACAGAGGCACCCCAGAAAGAAGAAACAGAAUAAGGAAAAUAACAGCGAGUCUGCAGUGAGGCCUCUUCCAUAG